AUGGACAAGGAAACAAAACCAGGAUAUGAACCGAACCGGAUUCCGGCUUCGGUUUUCGCAUCUUCGAUAACUCCUAAACAAGAUUGGAGUAUCCAGUCGAAUGAAUCUUUGUUUAGUAUUCACAUGGGAGACCAUAGUUUCUCCACAAUGUAUAAAUCUGGAGAACUCACCAAUUUCGAAUAUACUGCUUCAUAUAUCAACAACUAUACCAACAACAACAACAACAACAUCGAUAACAAAAUCACUUCGACAGAUGCUGGAUCAAGAUCAGAAACCGUACCAAAGACCAAACCUAAACCUGAUCCACAACAACAAAUCCCAUCUUCUCCAGCCAAAUCUUAUCGGUCCGACACUAGUAAUAACAGUGCAGCUUCUUUCGCAUUUCCCACAUUACCAGAGUACAAACAAGACCGUAAGAAAUCACUGCACAUGAAGAGUGAAAGUGGUAAAACAGAAGUAUCGUCAAGACCGGGCUCGAAGCAUGAUAAUUCGAAACCUAGUGGUGGUGGUUGGCUUUCUUGUUUUUUCUGUUUCCCUGUGAAAAAUUGA